AUGGUUUCUGGCAAAGCGUUCUCUAGUAGUAUUUUUCUGGGUUUGCCAGUUUUGAUAUUUAUCUUCACUAUAACUUGCUUUGUACCACAAACUUCUGGGCUCGCGGAUAUCUUUCCAGACUCUGCUUUUCCGGGUGGACUUGAAGAGGCCAAGUACGAUGUUAAUCCGAGAAUUGAGAGGUCUGUGUUGGAGGGAAGCAAUGGGGGAAACUCAUCCCUGAUAUUGGCUGCUGAAAGAACUCGUCGGAAGGAUCCACUUGAUGACUUGAAAUACUAUACUGGUGGAUGGAAUAUCAGUAACAAGCAUUACUUUGCUUCUGCAGGGUUCUCUGCUUCUCCGCUGUUGUUAGCAGCUGUAAUCUGGUUUGUUGGAUGUGGCCUCUGCUUGCUUUUUGCUUGUCUAUGUUUCUGCUGCUGUGGAAGACAAACUUAUGGCUAUUCUCGAACUGCUUACGCACUUUCUCUCCUCUUACUGUUAUUGUUUACAGUUGCCGCAAUUGUUGGCUCUGUUGUUCUUUAUACCGGACAAGGAAAAUUUCACGAUACAACAUCAGACAUGUUGAAGUAUGUUGUAGCACAAUCAGAUUCAACAGUCAACAACCUGAGGAAUGUGUCAGAUUACCUUGCUGCUGCUAAGGAGGUUAAGAUAGAUAACAUUGCCCUACCUUCGGGUGUCCAAAAAAAUAUUGAUCAAGUUGAUGCAAAGAUCACCUCUGCUGCAAACACACUUGAAAGUGAAACUGAAAAGAACAGAAAUCAUAUUGUGGACAUUUUGGAAACUGUGAGGAAGAUUCUAAUCAUAGUUGCUGCUGUAAUGCUUGUUGUGGCGGUCCUUGGAUUUUUAUUCUCGGUCCUUGGCUUGGGGUUCCUUGUCUACAUCCUGGUCUUCCUUGGGUGGAUUUUGGUCGCAGUCACACUGAUCUUGUCGGGCAUUUUUCUUGCUCUUUAUAACGCUACUGGUGAUACAUGCCUUGCGAUGGACCAGUGGGUUAAGAACCCUGCAGCUCAUACAGCGUUAGACGAUAUCCUUCCAUGCGUGGAUGUUUCAACUGCUCAAGAAAUAUUGUCUCAGAGUAAAACUGUCACAUUUCAACUAGUUGGGGUGGUUGAUGGAAUCAUCAAUAACGUGUCUAACGUGAAUUUUCCACCAUCUGCUGGACCGUUAUAUUAUAAUCAAUCUGGUCCUCUGGUUCCUCGUCUCUGCAAUCCCUUCAAUCCAGACAAUACAGACCGGAAAUGUACAUCGGGUGAAGUGGACUUAUCCAAUGCCACCCAGGUUUGGAGUAGGUAUGUGUGCCAGGUCUCAAAAAAUAACGUGUGCACCAAUGUCGGCCGCUUAACACCUUCAAUGUACCAGCAGAUGUCUUCUGCUGUUAAUGUCAGCUACGGUCUGAAUCACUACGGCCCAUUCCUCAGUGACCUGUUGGACUGCACUUUUGUUCGGGAUACAUUCACAACCAUAGAGAGAGAUCAUUGUGGUGGUCUCAAGAGGUACAGCAAAUGGGUACACAUCGGUUUGACAUUGGUUGCUGCUGCAGUAGCACUGUCAUUGAUCUUUUGGGUGGUUUAUGCGAGAGAAAGGCGCCAUCGUAAAUAUACCAAACUCGUCGACGCAAGAUCUACACAAGAAUCAUUUGACGGCAAACAGCAGUAUAGAAGUUCCACUAAUCUGUGA